UCAGGCUGUCCAGGCCCAGCUCAUGCCUCUUGGUGGCCUUCCCAGGCCACCAAGAGACUUUUGGUGGCCUCUUCAGGCCCAGAACUUGACCUCAAGUCAGCCUCUCCAGGCCCAGCUCCUGCCUUCUGAAGGCCUGUACAGGCCCAACCUCUGCCUCACAGUGGACUCUCCACGCCCAGCUCUUGCCUCACUGUACUCAUUCCUUACAACGGCCUCUCCAGGCUCAGUUUUUCCCUUUUGGCGGCUUCUCCAGGCCCAGAACUUCCUCUUUAGGCCCAGUUGCUACCUCCUGCCAUCCUCUCCAGGCCCAGCUCUUCCUCACGGCUGUGUCUAUAGGCCCAACUCCUGCCUCACAACAACGUCUUUGGACUCAGCUACUGCCCAGCUCCUGGUGGCCUUUCUCUUGCCUCAUGCUGGCCUUCCCCGGCCAUGUUCCUAUCUGACUUCCGGCAGCCUCAACUGGCCCAGCUUCUGCCUUGCAUUGGCCUCUCUAGGCCCAGCUCUCUUCUCACGGUGGCCUCACCAGGCCCAUCUCCUGCCUCAAAUCUACCUCCCAAGACCCAGCUCCUGUCUCAUGGUAGUCUCUCUUACACCAGCUCCUGCUUCACAAUGGCCUUGUCUGGCCUAUCUUCUGCCUCACAGUGGCCACUCAAGGCCCAUCUUCUGCCUCAUGGUGGCCUCUUCUGGUUUUGCUCUUGCCUCACAGUUGCCUCUUCCAGAUCCAGCUUUAAGUCUUUGA